AUGAAGGCGGAGGCGGGGGACCACAUGAUAAACUUGUCGGUCCAGCAGGUGCUGAGCCUAUGGGCUCACGGCACAUCGCUUCGGCAUCUCACGGAAAUGUGGUACUGGGUUUUCCUAUGGGCUCUCUUCUCUUCUCUCUUUGUCCACGGUGCUGCAGGAGUGUUAAUGUUUGUCAUGCUGCAAAGGCAUAGGCAAGGGAGAGUAAUCUCUGUCAUUGUGGUCAGCAUUGGAUUUCUGGGUUCUGUAACUGGAGCUAUGAUAACCAGUGCAGCAGUGGCUGGAAUUUACAGAGUGGCUGGGAAAAGCAUGGCUCCCUUGGAAGCACUGGUGUUUGGAGUUGGGCAGACUGUACUGACAAUAAUUAUUUCAUUUUCAAGGAUUCUUGCAACACUUUGA